ACUUACGAUAAUGUCACUGGAUAACUCUUAAUAUUCGUUCGAGAAAAGAUGAAUUCAUUUCAGCUACUGUAAUUACUGUAAUCAAAGAAUACUUUGCUAUACUUUACAGUAUUUCUGUAGAUCUUUAAUUAAGAACUGAGUGGUGGUAGCCUAACCUAAAUUAUAAACGUUUGCAGCCGAAGUUUGUGAAAUAUUUAAAAAAAUAACGUAUAUGUAAAUUUUUAUACUUAAAUAUAAUCGAAAUGUCUGACGACGAGGAUCUGGUUUAUGUGAAAAAGCAAAAAACCGUGCAUUAUGGAUCCCUUGAGGAAGCUGAACGUGCCCGACUCACAGCUACAUCUGCAGAAUCUUCGGAUGAAGAGAGAGAUCAUAAUAGGAGUCCAUCAGAUACACCGACAACAGGUUCUGCCCUGGGCAAUGUACACAUAUCAAAUGAAUACAUGGAACUUGAAGAUGAGAUGUCUAAAGAUAGGCAGGCUCUGCUUGAAGAAUUUGAGCGGAGAAAAAAAGCCAGACAGAUUAAUGUUUCGACGGAUGAUUCAGAAGUAAAAAAAAACUUGCGCCAACUGGGGGAACCAAUUUGUUUGUUUGGAGAAGGCCCAGCAGACAGAAGGUCUAGGCUGAGAGAAUUAUUGGCCAGCUUAGGUGAAGACGCUAUCAAAAAAAAGCAUGAGGACGAGGAGCGGCCAUCGCAUCAGACAGAACGAGAUGCGGAAUCAACUUGGUACCACGAAGGACCAGAUUCUCUUCAAAUUGCCCGCUCGUGGAUAGCAUCAUAUUCACUUCCCAGGGCCAGAGACCGGCUUGAAAAAUCCAGAGAAGAAUUAGAGCUUCCAGGGGCUACACGUACGGCACGUCGACAGGAACUCCUGAAAAAAUUACAAGCUUUGAGCAUUUAUUGCUCCCAAAUUGGAGACAGCCGCCCCAUAUCAUUUUGCCAAUUCAGUCCGAAUUCAAAAUUAUUGGCAACAUCUUCCUGGUCUGGGCUUUGCAAAAUUUGGUCUGUACCUGAGUGCUCAAUUGCCAGAACUCUCAGGGGUCAUACCUGUAAUGUAAGCUGUAUUGUUUUCCAUCCAAAAGCAACACUCUCUGAAGAGAUGCUGGGGGAAAAUGCAUCACCUACAUGCGUUCUAGCAAGCUGUGCUUCAGAUGGAAGUGUCAAGCUGUGGGGUGGAGGCAACAGUGAAGAGCCAUUAGCAGAAGUUGAAGGCCAUGAGCCCCACAGAGUAUCAAGGAUUGCAUUUCAUCCAUCGGGUCGUUUUUUAGGAACCUGUUGCCACGAUGCUUCUUGGCGACUGUGGGACCUAGAACAACAAGCUGAAGUUUUGCAUCAAGAGGGUCACGCCAAGGCAGUACAUUGCAUAAGCUUCCAAUGUGAUGGCAGCGUUGUUGCUACGGGAGGCCACGAUUCCUUUGGCAGAGUUUGGGACCUGAGAACAGGCCGCUGUAUUAUGUUUAUGGAGGGUCACUUGAAAUCUAUUUUCGGAGUUGAUUUUUCGCCUAAUGGUUUUCACCUGGCUACUGCAAGCGAGGAUAAUUCGUGCAAAAUAUGGGACUUGAGAAAAAGAUCGUGUAUUUACACAAUACCAGCACACACCAAUUUAUUAUCAGACGUGAAGUAUCAGCGUACCGAAGGGCAGUAUUUGGUUACAGCGUCGUAUGAUAAUACCGCAAAAAUUUGGUCCAAUAAAACGUGGCAACCAUUGAAGACAUUGCCCGGACAUGAUGGCAAAGUAAUGUGCUGCGACAUCUCCCCUGACCAUAAAUUUAUAGUUACUAGCUCGUAUGAUAGAACAUUUAAGCUCUGGGCACCUGAAAAUAUGUGAAAUAAAACCGAAAUGUUGUCAAUAAAUACUGUAAAUGC